UCUCUUUCACUCACUUCCUGGCUGGUACCACUCUUUUCACUGUCUAUUAAAUUUCCACUUAUCUCUACUCUACUUGCGUCUAAUUUCUUGAAACGAUUUCAUUAUACCUAUUUGCCCCUUGUUCUAUGCCCGUUCUAUUAUCUCCCCCAGAGACUUGAAAUCCCAGAUUCUCAAGAAUUUGUGAAACCCAAUUGCAAGGUCGAAUUUCAGCUCCCAAAGCUUCAUGGGUUUGCAGUUAAAGCUGGUACCUUUACCCCAUUGAAGCCUCAUAAAUUGGAAAUUAGGAUUGGUUAGUGGAAAUCUUGUCUUAAAAUGGCAGAAAAUUAGAAGAAAAAAGAGAAAACAGUGAAACUGGGUAUUAAGAUCAUAUGGCCAUGAUGAUGCUUCACACUGUAUCCAACCCUUCACCACCCAAAGCCCCCACCACUGCCUUCAAAUCCAAUACCUUUCAGGGAGUUGAGUCGUGCUCAACAAUGGCGGAGCUUAAGCAGCUCCAUGCCCAAUUCAUAAAGCUUGGCCUUUCAUGUGACAAUGAUGCCAUGGGCCGAGUCAUCAAGUUCUGUGCCAUAUCUGAAUCUGGAGACUUGAACUACGCCCUUAAGGUGUUUGAUACAUUGCCUGAACCAGAUACCUUCAUAUACAACACCAUAAUCAGAGGGUACUUAAAAAGCCAGUUUCCUGAAAGUUCAGUUCCUUUUUACUCCAAGAUGUUACUGAACUCAGUCAUACCCAAUAACUUCACUUUCCCUCCGUUAAUUCGCUGUUGUUGCGUCGCCAAUGCGAUUGGAGAAGGAAAGCAGGUACAUGGUCAUGUGAUCAAGUUUGGAUUUGGGUCUGAUGGGUUUUCCCAGAACAAUCUGAUCCAUAUGUAUGUGAAUUUCAACUGCUUGGAAGAAGCUAAGAGGGUGUUUGAUAGGUUGCCGGUGAAAGACGAUGUGGCAUGUACGACGCUAAUUAGUGGGUAUGCCCAGUGGGGGUAUCUUAAUGAAGCUUUGAGUGUUUUUGAGUCAAUGCCGGAGGAAAAGAACUCUGUCUGUUGGAAUGCUAUGAUUGCAUCAUAUGUCAAGAAUGACCGGUUUUACGAGGCAUUUGCUUUAUUUCAGAGAAUGCGGGCUAAGGGCGUUACGAUUGAUAAAUUUGUUGCUGCAAGUAUUUUAUCGGCUUGUACGGGACUAGGAGCUCUAAAACAAGGGGAGUGGAUACACGACUACAUCAAGAAAAGCGACGUUUAUGUGGACUCCAAGUUGGCAACAACGAUUAUUGAUAUGUACUGCAAAUGUGGAUGCUUGGAUAAGGCAUUCGAUUUCUUUAAUUCACUCCUGGUGAAAGGGCUUUCUUCUUGGAAUUGCAUGAUUGGAGGGUUUGCGAUGCAUGGCAAAGGAGAGGCGGCAAUUAAGCUUUUGAAGGAAAUGGAAAGGGAGAAGGUAGUUCCCGAUUACAUUACCUUUGUGAAUGUCCUGAGUGCUUGUUCUCAUUCGGGUUUGAUUGAAAAAGGGAAAUAUUACUUCGAUUAUAUGACAAAAACUUAUGGCAUUGAGGCCGGGAUGGAGCAUUAUGGAUGCUUGGUUGAUAUGCUUGGACGAGCGGGAUUACUAGAGGAAGCCAGGAGAGUAAUCGAGGAAAUGCCUAUUAAUCCCGACGUAGGCGUCCUGGGUGCCCUUCUCGGAGCCUGUAGAAUCCACAACAACUUGGACCUCGGUGAAGAUAUUGGGAAGAAAGUAAUCGAGUUGGAGCCUCACAACAGCGGGCGCUACGUGCUGCUAGCCAAUCUAUACGCCAAUGCGGGUAGAUGGGAAGACGUGGCCAAAGUGCGAAAGCUGAUGAACGACAGAGGAGUAAGAAAGCCCCCGGGCUACUCUAUGGUCGAAUUGGGUGGCGUGGUUGAUGAGUUCAUCGCGGGAGGAAGGACUCAUCCUCAAGCACGAGAGAUAUAUGGCAAAGUGCAUGAAAUGCUGGACAGGAUUAGGCUCGAAGGCUACGAAGCUGAAGCACAUGAAAUGAGCGAGGAGGAAAGGGAGAACCCGGUGUACUACCACAGUGAGAAAUUGGCAAUUGGGUACGGGUUACUGAAGACUGAAGCGGGGGAAACCAUUCGCAUCACGAAGAAUUUGCGAGUUUGUAGAGACUGUCACCAAGCCAGUAAGCUGAUAUCGAAAGUGUACAAUCGAGAAAUCAUUGUUAGGGACAGGAAUCGGUUCCACCAUUUUAAAGGAGGAGAGUGUUCUUGUAAUGACUACUGGUAAAUAUGGACUAUAUUGUGCAUUCCCUUAUCCGUAAAACGAAAAAAGGAAAUGACAGUUUAGUUGGGGCAGAAUUAGUUGUUGAGGUGACAAAACUUGUAGUUCUUGUGGGUCUUUGUAUAGAGAAAAUGGCUUCUUGCUUUGGUUUGGAGAUUUGAUGGACAUUAAUGUGGAUCUUUACAUAUAUAUGAUAUAUGGAUGGCUUCCUCUGGUUCAGGUAACAA